AUGAGUUUUGAAAAGAAGGUUGUCAUAAUAACAGGCGCGAGCUCCGGAAUUGGUGCCGCUACGGCCGUCCUUUUCUCUAAAGAAGGAGCGUACGUUGUCCUAGUAGGAAGGAACGAGACAAAGCUAAAUGACGUUGCCUCGCGUUGUGUUACAAAACAUCUGAUUGUCAAAGCUGACGUUUCAAAGGAGCCAGAGGUGAAAAACAUUGUUGACCAGACUAUAAAUGAGUUCGGAAAUAUUGACGUACUCAUAAACAAUGCCGGCUUGGUGCGAUAUGGGAGUGUGGGUAUGGGAAAUAUGUUGAACGCGUACGACGAAGUGAUGGCGACGAACAUGCGCGGCGUUAUACAACUGACGUCUUUGUGUGUUGACCAUUUGAUCGAGAGUAAAGGUAACAUCGUCAAUGUGUCCAGUAUAGGCGGUCUGUUUCCGCCGGGCAAGCCUGUGUUGCUCCCAUAUUGUAUGUCUAAAACGGCAUUGAAUUUAUUCACUCAGGGUGUCGCUUUAGAACUAGGUGAAUACGGUGUUAGAGUGAACGCUGUCAGUCCUGGUCCGGUUGUGACAGACAUCAUCCAGAAUUCAGGGAUCCCCCAAUCCAGGAAUUCUUGGAAAGAUUUUGAAGCCUUUACAGCUCUAAAUAGAGUGAGUGAGCCCGAAGAGAUAGCCGAUUUGAUUAUGUUCAUAGCCAGCGAUAAGGCGAGGGGUAUCACAGGUUCCAACUACAUUUCUGACAAUGGAUUCCUAGUUAAACGUUAA